UUUUUUUUGUUGGUAAACUUUCAAAUCAUUAUCAAUGGCGAUUGUAGCAUCACUACCAGACGUUAAUCUCUUCUCUUCUCUACCUUCAACGCUUCCAAUGGCGGAUUCAUCUGGAACUUUCCGGCCAGCUCCGCCGAUACCGAUUCCUAAGUACUCACCGUCCUGUAGAAAUCGUAAUCCGAGAAGUAGCAAUCCUCACACUGAUACACAGCCCAAACCACAAUCGAAUCCAGCGCUGAAGCUUCCGCAUCGCCAGACAAGAUACUACAAGCCGAUGAAAGAAGGAGUUAUCUCUUCGGAUGGCGAACGUACCAUCGUAAUCGGCGAUUCCGGCGUCUCGUACCAGCUUCCAGGGGCUCCAUUCGAGUUUCAGUUCAGCUACUCUGAGACGCCGAAGGCUAAACCGGUGGGAAUCCGAGAGCCAGCGUUUAUGCCUUUCGCGCCGCCGACGAUGCCGCGACCGUGGACGGGGAAAGCGCCGUUGAAGAAAUCGAAGAAGAAGAUUCCGUUGUUCGAUUCAUUCAGUCCACCGCCGGCUGGAAAAUCCGGGGUGAAGUACGUGGAGAUGCCUGGGCCGUUCCCGUUUGGGAGGUAUCCAAAGGAAGCGAUGACGAGAGACGAGAUUCUCGGGGAGCCAUUGAAGAAGUGGGAGAAAGGGAUGCUGAUUAAGCCGCAUAUGCAUGAUAAUCGCCAGGUUAAUUUGGGAAGAGAUGGAUUUACUCAUAACAUGUUGGAACUGAUACAUUCGCAUUGGAAGAGACGGCGUGUUUGCAAGGUUCGCUGCAAAGGAGUUCCCACGGUGGAUAUGGAUAACGUUUGUCGUGUUCUCGAGGAAAAGACAGGAGGAGAGAUCAUACACAGAGUCGGAGGUGUCAUAUAUCUCUUCAGGGGUAGAAAUUACAACUACCGCACACGUCCGCAGUACCCGUUGAUGCUGUGGAAACCAGCAGCUCCCGUUUAUCCAAAGCUCAUUCAAGAAAUUCCUGAAGGAUUGACCAAAGACGAAGCUCAUGAGUUCAGGGUGAAGGGCAAGUCUCUUAGGCCGAUAUGCAAGUUGUCUAAAAAUGGAGUCUACGUGUCGCUGGUCAAAGAUGUCAGGGAUGCCUUCGAACUGAGUCCCUUGGUGAAAGUUGACUGCCCAGGGCUUGAACCAAGUGACUACAAGAAAAUAGGCGCUAAGCUUAAGGAGUUAGUUCCUUGUGUGCUUCUGUCUUUCGACGAUGAGCAAAUACUCAUGUGGAGAGGACGAGAUUGGAAGUCGAGGUUUGUAAACAACCCUUUAACUCCAAUCCUAUCUGAGACCAACAUAGCAGAUGAACUUGUUCCCGCAGACAAAACCGGUGAAGAAUCUGGUCCGAAUACGGUGAUCUCAAGCCCCAAAAUGAUGUCGCUCUGGAAACGAGCCUUGGAAUCGUCCAAGGCGGUAGUUCUGGAAGAGCUUGACCUCAGUCCAGACGAUCUAUUGGAGAAGGUGGAAGAGUUCGAAGGCACUUCACAGGCUGCGGAACACACUUACACAGCCUUGGUCUUGCCGAGCAAUGAUGGUGCAGAGGAUUACGUAGAUGACGAGGACCGUCCCGAGGUGUAUAGUGACAUAGCCGAUGACUUUGACGACGAGUGUUCCGAUGAUGAUGAGUCGCUCGAACCGGUGGGUCCAGUGGGAUCUUUGCCCGUUGACAAGAUAGUUAGGAAGCUGAGGGAGACACUAAAAUAGAGCGCCAAAAGUAUUGACUGUAAAAUUAUCUUGUUUUGUGCAUAUGUAUUGAACUGACAUAUCCUGUUCCUCCAAUCAUAUCAUCGAUACCGUUCACAAGUAUGUUCUUUUAUGAUUUAAAUUUGUAGCCAGGUAAUAUAUAUAAAUCGUUUGUAGAUAACCCAUUUGGAUAAGAUAAAGACAUUUGAAUUAGUCAAAUUAAUAUGAUGUAUAUAGUAGUACUUGGGUAACCCUCUUUUAUUUUCCAACUAUUUAUGUGAGUUGACUGUGUAAUCAAAUGAUCUUUAUUACAAUGCAGCUAUGCUAUAUAAACACAAACCAGGAUUUUUUUUGUUGUUCUUGAGUCUCUUUAUGUAUUUUUUUUGUCGCUUGCCUUUAUUGUGAAUUUAUUUGAGAUUUGAGAUAGUAGAAUAAAGAGAAAUUGGGUCAUAUGACCAUAUAAAACUGAAAAAUAAAUAAAAUAAUCAUAAAAAUCAAUGAUUACAGUAUUUUGUAUAUAUUCUAUAAUAUAUAUAAGGAGGUGUUAUUGGUUCUUGUAUUUUAAUGGAUUUGAUAAUCCAAACCAAAUUUGGUGUUAUUGGUUCUUGUAUUUUAAAAUCUAUAUUGAAAUACAGUUUUAUUGGUUCUAUGAUUUUAAAAUCUAUAAUGAAAUACAGUGUUAUUGGUUUUAUCAUUUUAAAAUCUAAAUAUUAUAAGGAUUUGAGUUUUAAUUGAAUUUGAAUGGAUUUGGAAGGAUUUUCAUAACUAAAAUACGAAGACCCAAAUACAAGAUCUAACCUUGGUAUUUGAGUGGAUUUGAUUUUUUCCAUUUUGCUGAUUUUGGAAUCAAUAAAUUCAUCAAAUCUAAAGAAAAUUUAUAAAUCCACCAAAAUACAAGAACCAAUAACCCCUACUAAAAUUAUCCCUCUUCUAUUUUUUUCUUUCCCUUCUUUUUUUUUUCUCUGCUUUCUUUUAUUUUCUCUUCCCGUUUAUUCCUGUUCCUUUAUUUUUAUCCAUUUUCUUUUAUUUUUUCUUCCUGUUUAUUCAUCUUCCCUCAUUUUUAUCCCUUCUCCUUCCUCUCUGUCUUCUCCCCUACCUUCCCUCGUCCUUUUCUAUUUUCUCCUCUCUUUAUAUAAUUCAUAAAAAACAAAUAUUUUAUAUAUAGUAUAGUAUGGUAAUAUAAAUCGAUAUAGUAUACUAUAAUUAUGUAUUUAUAAAUUUUGUUUAAAGGGUAAAAUAGACAAAUUUUAGAGUUUUUGGUUAUUGAAUCAAUUAUGAAAUUAGUAUGGUUAUAUAUUUUAUUUUAUAGUGUAAUAUAGUUAUUUCACAAAUUAACCCUAGAAUAAAUGGUUCAUUAGCUUGACUUGAAGAAUAUACAUUUUAGUGGAUCACUUGUGUUUUGCACUGCUACGUUUUAUGCGGUAAAUUUAUAAUAUAGAAUCGUUUCAACUUACUGUAUGUUCGAAAAUGGUAAUACUAUAACUUCACAUCCUUAGUGUUUUUUUCUUGUCUCACUUCUUUCAAAUUUAUUGAUGAUUUUCUCUGUUCCAACUGUUUGGUUUGGGCUCUCUGCACAUAAAAAGACUUUCCCUCUCCUAUCGCUUCUGUAUUUAUGAGAAGCGUUACCAAAAAAUUAAAAUCAUAAUAGGUUUUGAUGGAGAAUAAGAACAACGAUGGAGUUAUUGGAGAAGAAGAAUGUUCCAUUGACGGUGACAUUCUCGCCUCUAUCCUCUCCAAUUUGCCGCUCCUCGACCUCGAUUCCGCCUGCCAGGUGUCCAAAUCCUGGAACCGCGCCGUCUUCUUCUCCCUCCGCAACCUUAAGACCAUGCCGUGGUUGUUAGUCUACAGACAGAGGACUUUGCCGCCGUUCAUCAUGGCGGCGACGGCGUACGAUCCAAAGUCCGAUGAGUGGAUCGAGCUCAAAACCGCAUCUCCCGUUAAACACCUGUCCGUCUAUCGAUCCUCCCACUCGACGUUGCUCUACGCGCUAUCGCCGAAAAGAUUCUCCUUCUCGGUCGACGCGUUUCACCUGAAUUGGCGACACGUGGCACCGACGAGAGUGUGGAGGGUCGAUCCAAUCGUCGCCGUCGUGGGACGGAGCCUGAUCGUGGCCGGCGGCGUGUGGGAAUUCGAGGACGAUAAACUCGCCGUCGAGUUGCUUGACAUCGAAUCCGGCGGCGGCUGGGAGAGAUGCGAAUCGAUGCCGGGAUCCCUCUGGGGAUCCCCGUCCUCCACGUGGCUAUCCGUCGCGGUGAAUUCGGAAAAGAUGUACGUGACGGAUAAGAGAUCCGGCGUCGCGUGUUGUUUCGAUCCAGAGGCUAGAUCGUGGACGGCGCUUCUCGGUUUCUCUCCCGUAGACGAAGACGGCGCCUGUAAAUUGUACUCCCGCGAGAUUGGAUUCGCCGGUAACCGUCUAAUCAUGGCUGGGAUCACCGGAGAUGAGGAUAAUCCGACGGGAAUCAAACUGUGGGAAGUAGCAGUACCCAACGAAUCGCCGAUGAAUUUGAAAUUCGAGUCGAUUGGAUCCAUGCCUAAGGCGUUUUUCGAUAAACUCAGAGUGAUCGAUUCUGAUUGGCCGCUAACGUCGAUAGCGUUUAACGCGGUGGGAGAUAUGGUUUAUAUUCAUGAUGCGGCGGAGACCGGAGAGACUGUGGCGGCGGAGAUAGAAGGAGGAGGAAAGCUCUGCAAAUGGAGGACUCUGACCCUGCGUAACGCAGACGCAACAUUGAAUAAAAGUCACGCGAGAGAGAGGCUUAUCGUUGCGUGCUCAAACGUGAGUUUUAGCGAUUUGAAACGUGCGUUUAAGGAUAGUUUGAGUUUCUCUGUGGUGUCACGGACACGACAGGUGUGAACGAUAAUCUUUGAAUUUGAGAUGAUGUGAGAACUAAUCAUGACCUUUAAAUUCAAAGUUCCAAGUCAAUUUCGUUGUUAGGCUAAUGUUUAUUUUCCCAUAAUGCAAUAGUUAAUGCAUGUAGCUACAUCUUUAAGGUCUGGAUUUCUCUUUUAAGGUGUUCAUCGUUUGCUUGGUCAUCUUUGUUUUCGUGAUGGCGUUAGCUACAUCACAUUUUGAUAGGAAUUAUUUUGUCUGAUUUAAACCCUUUUUCAACAAAAAUAAUUAACGCAUGUAGAAAAGUGUAUUAUUAAAUACUUUGUAAGUGGGUUACAUGGAUAAUAAUCCAAAGAUAUUAAGAAGUGUAAAAAGGAUGAGGGAAGCAAAUGACUUUGAGAGACUGUUGUGUUAGGUGAAGAGUACGUUUUUAAGUCAGAGUGACGUGUAACACACUUUCUUCUUUAAAGAAAGAUACCGUGCAACACACUGGAGUGUGUUAUCUGUCCCCAAGGCCCAUCAACACACUUACGUGUGUGGUUAUGACUGAUUAGAAACCAACAAAACUAAACAAAAAAACGAAUUUUAAUAUGUAAUACACAGUUAUUAGCUGUAAACAUAUUUUUUUAAAUUAGUGGUUAGUUGAAGGGAUCUAGAAAAAAAAAAGGCUUAGGUAGUGAGGAAAUAAAUAGCAAAUGAGUUCAAAUACAUACCAAAACGCAGUUCUAUUGAUCCAGAUCUUAUAAUCUACAGAUUUAUGUAACCUUGGCACUUUUGCUUUGAUGACUUGCUUCUCCAUUUUAAAUUCUUGUAGUGUAUGUUUUUUUUUAAGUUACACAUUAACAGUACUACAGUAACACCAAUACACACAAAUUCCUUAUUUGGUAAAUCCCAGUUGGACCAGUUCAUAUGAUUUACUUGACAAAGAGGAUCUGAGCUAAAUAACACCUAAAUAACAAUUAUUAUUAUUUACACUUCCUUGCAAACAAUGCCAAUUAAACUUUAGGAACUAAUUGAAGCAAUCAAACAACUAAAUAACACUUUAAGUUUAAAGGUUUAUUUUCUUCACUUUUAUAUGUAUGACAAUCAUCACAUUCAUGAAAAAUAAAGGGAAAAGAAAACGCCGAUUUACUCAAAUCUAAUGAUCAGUAUCUCUCCUUCAAGUUGAAAAAACAAACACAAGCAAACUGAAAUCAGAAAAAUAAUUUUAAAGCACAUGAACACUAACACUAAUGGAGAAAAAAAAAACCCCUAAAGAGUAGAGAGAGAUAUAGCCGAUAAUAAGAUAUACUAUCACCUUGGUAGGCUCGAGAAAAUGAAUCGAACCCAUCCGCCGUUCCAUGACUUGCCGGUUCAACCCCGCCACUUAAACCGCAUCGGUUUGCCCGGUUAGGCGCACGGAGCCAACACUAACUUUCUCAGAUGGUGUGGACUUAGCUAGGCAUGCAUAGUGGAACCCUCGUGUCCAUGUAGAAGCUUCCGUGUAGAGAGUCUUACCUUCACUACUUCUUGCCUAUGUAUAGCAAUUUCUCCUUAACUGUUUUGACGGUGUAAGAGAGAGAGAGAGAGAAUGUCACUCCAGCAUAAUUACGUCGAUGCCAUUGGAUUAUCAUAUAAAGAUGAAGGAGGUCCCUAUAUAAAUGUGUAUCUUAUAGAUUCAACGUAGGAAAGUUAAGUAAACGAUCUUUAUUUUGAUCAUUCAUUUCUCUUCGUGAAAUUAGUUGUUUAGGUGAAGGACACUUAUAUUGUUUUUUUACUACUCAAAUCCA